AUGGUUGACGCCUCCGUGCUCCUGGUGCUUCACAUCAUGACGGCAUUAUCGUCGUUCAUGGUCUCACUGAGUCCAUCUUUCUCCAUUUACAAGAUCUACCAGAGCAAAACCGUCGGGAACAUCUCCAUAGUCCCAUUCGUCUCGCUGCUCGGCAACGCGCACAUGUGGAUGAUGUAUGGCUUUUUCUGCGGAAAUAUAUUCCCCGUAGUCGUCUCGUUCGGCUUUAACGACCUCGCGGCACUCGUCUACAUCUCUGUGUACUACACCUUCGCUGAAGACCGCAAGUACGUGCUCCGGCGGUACUGUUUCAGCCAGGACUACACCGGUAUCAGCCACAUUCUAGGCUAUUUGAGCAUCGUCGCCGCCAUCAUUCUGUACGGUGCGCCAUUCGAGAAGACUUCGUUUGUACUACGCAACAAGAACGCAUCUCCCAUUCAGCUACCGAUGGUUAUCUGCGGUGCUACAAACAAUGCGCUAUGGGUCAUCUACACGCCACUAGAUAGAAACUGGUUUAUGUUCAUUCCGAACGCCAUCUGCGUCGUGCUCGUAAAUCAGUACAGACCGCCAUUGAUCUUUCAGAUGACGACAUUGCCAUCAGAAUUGUCGUAUCGACCAAGACUGAAGAAAUUCAGAACAAGAUCCCGAACGCGAGCCCUAGCGUACAGCCCAUGGCAUCACCGCUGCUUCCAUUGA